AUGGUUAUGGAAAAUCAGAACCGUCCCUAUGGCGGCAUGAGCUUCGACAAUGUCUAUCAUCACACCCCACCACAGUUUACAGACCCGUGGGCACACAGUUCGUCGCAUUCGACGCCCCCAGUCUAUGCGACCUCCAUGGGCAAUGGCGCCAGCAUGGGGCUGGGCCAGGUCAAGCAGGAGGAAGUGAACCGCUCCGCCAUGUCCAUGCCCUAUCCCAACAUCCCCGUGUCUGCCCCGUCAAUGGUGACCGGGUCCAGCUACGCGAGCGCCGCCUAUGGGCCCGAGGUAAUGGGAAUGCAACACGAGGUUGCGCGCACAACUUUCGACCAGGCUCCUUCCUACACCAGCGCUCCCCCAAUGAGCAGCUUUGCACCUUCCAGCUAUGCCUACGCCCACGCCCCUAUUCACCCAUCCGCGCAAGACGGCCGCCGUAUCUCGCACUCAGACGCCGCUCGCGUUGGCGCUUCAGCUUCCGCCCCUACGUUCGGUGAUGCCCUCGACGCCAGCCGCGGAAUGGUCGCUCUCAGCCAGGAUCUGACUCCGCGCAACAUCUACGGCCCCGGUCCUCGCGGCACGCGAGGCUCGGCCGAUUCAUACGGUUUCCCUUCCACCCAAUCCUCCGCCUCGUCUAUCUCCUCCGGCGGCAACUACCCCUACUACAGCGCCUCGGUGGGCUCCGUCGACUCCUCCGUGACCGACUACAGCUCCACAACUUCCGAGUCAUACGAAUCGCGCACUCUUCCCCGGCCCACUAGCCUUUUGGCCGGUAGUGCUCCCCCUGGCCCGCAAUCGAUGAUGAGCCAGUUCAGCUCCAAGAUGCCCUCCAACACCCAGAAAAAGCACAAGUGCAAGGUCUGCGACAAGCGGUUCACGCGUCCAUCUUCGCUCCAGACGCAUAUGUACAGCCACACUGGCGAAAAGCCAUUCGCGUGUGAUGUUGAAGGCUGCGGGCGGCACUUCUCCGUUGUCUCAAACCUGCGCCGUCACAAGAAGGUCCACAAGGGCGAGAAGGAUCCCGGCUCUGGCGAUGACGACGAGUAA